CUUAAAUAAAAAUGACAGCUACUAGAAAACUAAAAUUUUUUUUCAAAUUCUCAAAAUUUUCAUACAUUGACUUGCGCGAUUUUGCGUCAAACAACCCGUUGUAUGCACUAUGUUUCCACUAUUUCUGUUCGAAAAGUAAUCCGCACUGCACUCAUUGCCUCCGGCGCGCUCUUUUUGAAGGAAUAGCCAUUAAUUGUUAUUUUUCUUUAUUUCGUUCAAUAGGUUUUUGUUUUGAGUCACAUUUUAUUGAUUAAAAAGCGAACGUAAGCAACGCAAGAACACUCAUAUGAUUUUCACCAGUGAGCAAGCCCACUGCACCGCGUUCAUUCAGAAGAGUUUAGAGCUAUUGCGCCGACUGUUUACAUAUUUAUACAUGUAUAUGUACAUAUAUAUACAUAUAUAAAUAUUUAUUUUUAUGUAAGUGAAUGCUUGCUAUAUCAGCCGAGUCGACAAAAAUUUUUGCGCUGUGAUUUUCUUUAAGAAAACGUUUUUUUCAUUCGAGUGUAGACAGUGAUAACACCAGUGAUGCUUUUGUUGUAAUUAAAGUGCAAUUUUGUUGUGUUCAAAUUAUUAUAAAAAUCUAAUUUCUAUAUAUCCGAACAAAGUGCUUUGGGUUUAUUCAAUAUUUUCAACAGCUAAUUACAAUUCAAAUAAAUGGAAUCAAAACAUCCGGAAGAUAAGGCGGAGGCAGUGCCCUUAUUAGCGCAAAGCAAUCAAAUAGGAGGCGAACCGGUAAAAGAUGUUAUAAUAUUGACGCAACAGCGAGGAGGAGUGAGGGCGGAAGUAGAUAGUGAGCAGGUGGCCAGCCAAGACAAACAAUGUCCAGAAGUGAAACAGUACUUACAAGAAAAUAAAAUGGAUUUGGAUAUUGGCUUAAAUAGCGGAAAAACGCCAGCCCCAGUGCAACGCUUACAAUCUUUCAACGAAAUGACACAAUAUGGCAACGCAAUGCCGGACCAAACAUUAGACGGUCAAAAAGCGGCAGUCUAUGGCCAAGGACAGGCAGGCGGACAAAUGGAGGCGACAUCACCAUCAACACCAAGUCCAACAACAGCUGACAAUACUAUAGAAAUCGGUGUUGGAGGUGACGGCGGUCCGGAUGCCCCGGGUGCAGAUGGGCAUCAUGAUUACAAAGGUCCCAAAAUCUGGCGUAUUAUCGUUCAACACUGGCCCUUCAUCUCGCAACCGCUGGCUCUGGUGGCCAUCGCCAUCGUUCUAUGGAUGAUCGCUUAUGUUCUGCUGCCCGAUUAUACGCUGCCAAAUACGCCGAUCAUGCGUAUAUUCUUCCUGUUCGUGGGCGCACAAUUGUCUGGUGUGCUGGUGACCUUUCUCCGCCUGCCGGACAUGCUGGGCAUGCUGUUUUUCGGUGUGAUCUACACCAAUGUGGGUUUGGCUGAUUUCACGGGUUACGAUAAAUUUGAAGCAUUUUUGAGAGAGAUGGCGCUAAUAAAUAUUAUGCUCUUAGCCGGCUUGGGCCUUGACGCGAGCGCCUUCAAGAAGCUGUGGCUUAUGAUCUUGCGGCUCACACUCGUGCCAACGAUUGCUGAGGUGACAAUUAUUACAGUGAUCGCUAGAUUUACUUUGGAUAUGCCAUGGUUUUGGGGUAUACUUUUAGGCCUUGUCAUCACCGCAGUCUCUCCGAACGUGGUCGUGACCGUUAUGCUGAAACUGAAGGAGGAACGGCUGGGCUUGAACAGCGGCAUACACACAUUAAUAUACGCCAUGACCAGCUGCAAUGACGUCGUUGCGAUUUUUCUCUUUGGCGUCUUUAUGAGCGUCAUCUUUUCCACGGAUAAAUCGUUGAUAGAGCAAAUACUGCAGGGACCUAUCGGCAUUGGUAUUGGCAUUGUAUUUGGCUAUGUUUAUGGAUUAAUGCUGACCAUUUUGCCCUCAACAAAGACGCAAUACCUAAACGGAUUGCGUUUUGUUUUGACCAUCUUGGGCGGCACCAUAGCGGUGAUGGGCAGUCGAGCCAUCGGUUAUCCCUCAGCUGGGGCGCUUGGCUGCAUGACGAUCGCAUUUUUUGCGGGCAUCGGUUGGAAACGUCAGCAGCGGCAGCUCACGGCGCAGCAACGUCAACGUCAGUUGGAGAAUGAAAAUGCGACGGUGCCGGCGCGUCUUGACCUAUUGUGGAAAUUUCUGAAGCCUGUCUCCUUCUCGCUUAUCGGCAAAGAAAUUAAUUUUGCCGUAUUGGAUGGCCGUGUCGUCGGCUACGGUGCACUGCUGGUGCUGCUCGGAAGUUUGUUCCGUUUGGUCUUCGCCUACCUGUCAACCUAUGGCGGCAAUUUGACGCGCAAGGAACGCGCCUAUAUUACAAUUUCCGGUUUUCCCAAAGCAACUGUCCAAGCUGCGCUGGGUCCGCUUGCUUUGGAUAUGGCCAGAUCAUUAAAAACGGUCGAUGAACAGAGCCUAGCUUUGGCCAACAAUGUGCUUAUCAUUUCGGUGUUAGCCAUCAUUUUCACCGCGCCGCUGGGAGCAGUGCUCAUGUUGAGAUUAGCGCCGCUUUGGUUACAACGCAGCGAAAGCGCUAGUGGCGGCAGUAACAACAACAUCGAUGGUAAUAUAAAUGAAAAUGCGUACAAGAAGAAGCGCCUCAGUGCUGGCAGCAGCCUCGGUGAUACGUUGAAUUACACGCAGAAAGUCGCGCAGAGCCUCAGUGGCGUGUGUGAUAAAACCGGGCAUAAUAGUAGCAAUAGCCUCAGCGCCAUGGCAGCCGUUGAUGAGUCGAGUGCUGUGGGUAAGGAGACGCGCGUGGAUGCCACGGAUGCCACCUCCGUUGUGCGUACUCCGUUGCCGCUGACGAGGGCGGAGACGGAGACGUCAAACCACUUGGUUUGAAUCCAAUUAACAAUGCGGAUAACUUGGCCCGGCCAAGCUACGCAACGGUCUACAUUUGUGUGUGUUAUGUUGACGUUGUGGCCUUAUGGCGUUAUUUUUUAGCGGAGAUUUGAUGUGCGUUUGUGCGUAGGCGGCAUUUAAACACAAAAAUAUAUGCGAAAAAACACUUUGAAAGCGAAAAAACGUUAGCAUCUAAGAUUGUAAUAUUCUUUUUGUCGCAUAUAAUCUUUAGUGGUUUAAUAUUAAUACUUAAAGUGACUUAACAAUUACUUAAUUGUGUAACAAAAGUAAGUGAUUUUUUAGAUUGGCGUGACUUCUGAUGUUUUACUUAAUUUUUUCUUUCGGAUUUUUCAUACAAAUAUUCAAUGGAAAACUAAAAAUUGUAAAUAAAGCAAAUAUUUUUUAUAAACUUA